AUGUUGCUAACACUCGGUACGCACACACUGCUAACUAUUUCCGGCCGUUCAGCGCUGCCGGGAUUGCUGUUGCGUAUCGCUUACCACCGCUCCCUGUACGUUCCCCGCAGCUGGAUCGGUCGUGGUACGCGCGGACUGCUUCCAGGGAAUGCGCGACGUCUGGGUACACCUCGCUUUUCGUACGACACACAACCAUGGUUCGGUCGAGACCAAACCACUGCCAGCGCACUGUUGUCAUCCGCCAGUUGCGGUAGCUAUCAGCGGCGCUAUUCAUCCAACCUGAAGAAGAAGCAACCUCGCGUAGUCGCCGUCAAGUCGGUCGAAGGUUCGGAACUGCUGCAGAACGUGCUGCAAAAGAACAAACAACUGCUACAGGAAAAGCGUGACGUGCUAGUGCGGGACAUCCGCGAGCGCAAAGAAAAGGUAAAGGAACGCGUCGAGGAGGUAAUCGAGCGGGAAAAUAUUGCCACCGUACCGAACCUGCUGUGUAUAGGGCGCAUCGUCGCAUCGCCCUAUCUCGGCUACGUGAUCGUACAGGGCGAGUUCCGGCUUGCGAUGGGUAUGCUGAUCGUCGCGGGACUAACCGAUCUUGCCGACGGAUUGAUUGCGCGCCACUGGCCGAGUCAGGCUAGCCGGCUCGGGUCAUUUCUCGAUCCGAUGGCGGACAAGGUGCUGGUCGGAUCGCUCGUUAUCGCGAUGUCUUACAUCGAUUUGCUCCCAAUGUGGCUAACCGCAAUGAUAUUGUUUCGGGAUGUGUUUCUUAUCGGGGCCGGUUUCGUCAUACGCUACAUCAGCCUGCCGCAACCGCGCACCCUUUCCCGGUACUUUGACGUGACACACGCAACCGCCCAGCUGGCGCCAACCUUCAUCAGCAAGCUGAACACUGCCGUGCAGCUGGUAACUGUUGCUGCCACGCUCGGUGCACCAAUCUUCAACUACGUCGACCAUGUGUAUCUUCACGGGCUGUGGUAUUUGACCGGGUUUACCACCGUUGCGGCUGCCGCUAGCUACCUCACCAGCAAGGACACGUACAAAAUACUACGCAAAAAAUCGUAG